AAAACAUCAGAGCAACAAAAAAAAUUGAUUAAGGAAAUUAUAGAUUAUUACUUUAUAGAUAAGAACGGCUUAUAUAGGAAUAUGCGCCGAAAUCAUAUUAUUGAUAUUUGCAACCUAAAAUAUAAAAUAGACAGAUCUUCAAUUCUUCCCUUCACAAGUAUAGAAAUGGUACCUUCCUACACCCGUGUGCCAGAGAAUGAAUACAAUCCAGAGAGCAUAGAGGACUUUGUACAAGACGAGGCAUUACAGUACAGUGACCAUGUGGAGACAAUGCUUUUGAAUCUGUUCACGUGUCUUACAUACAACCCAGAAACCAAUGUAUGUUCAACUGAGCGUAUACCUGGUGCCUCUACAGCACUAAAAGUAUUUUUUAAUAAAUAUUCAGUACCCACAGAGAGUGCAAGCCAGGAAAAACACAGAGACUGGUGCAGAGUUGUAUCAAGGUUGAGCAAUCCAAACAUUAGGUAUGUAAGAGAGAGUAGAACAGAGCUGUGUGGUGGGCUAGAGAACAUUAUAUAUGUGAUAUAUGAGCUGUUUGGUGAAAAUAUUAAUAUAAGAGCUGCUAUAGAAGGUACAAUUAACAGUUCACACAAUAGAAGGGCAGAAAGAGUAGAGAGCAUAAAAGAAUUAUUUUUAAAUAUUCUUACUUGUCUCGCCACUAGUCACAAAAUCAGUAUUGAAUCAUCAGAACUAGAAUACUUACCUACUGAGAAUCUGAUGUUUGGUAUGUUUGGAAGCAUUGUACUCGGUUUUGAGGCUAAGGGUAAAAAAGAAAGUAUAAAACUAGACAUUUUGUCUAAGUAUUCUAAAUUUUCUCUUGUGUCUGAUUUCAGUGCCUUUUCAGAAGAUGCAAAAAAUGAGCUAAUGGAUAUGCAAAGAAUAUAUAAUUCUGCAAAAAGCCAUAUUAAAAUAACUAUUUGGAAUUAUUUAAAUAAUAGCAUAGAACGGCUUAAUAAAAAACUGCCAGCUCAAAACUACAGUGCAGUUGUUGGCAUGCUAGAUCAAAUGAGGUCGACGCCAAACUAUAUUUUCUUAUGUGGGCGUAUAAACUCUCUAUUGUAUAAAAUGUCAAUUAUAAAUUAUCGUUUAAUAUAUAGUAAUAUAAAAAAAUUGACAAAGAGCAAUCAAAUAUUACGGAUUACAUCAAAUAUUAUAGGGAGUGUUCGUCUUGAUAAUCCAAGAGAAAGAAAGAUGAUUUUACUAACCCCAUUUAUAUGCAAUUGUAACCAUAAAGAAUACUUUCCAAGCAUUGAAUAUAAUACAGAUAAUCUUCCCAUAUCAGAGUUUGGAGUUGUUGAUGUCAGAAACGCACUAAGUGUUUUAAUAGAUAUAAGUGAAACAGAGGAGUCCUUUCAAAACUCUUUCCAAUGUAUAUUAGUACAUGCUAUUUUCAAUAGGGAAUUAUUUGGCAUAUUUGAAUCAUAUAGGUCAUUUGAAAUAAUGUGCAUUAACCUAGUUAAAAAGUAUAAGCUUGUAACAUUAACAUGGACAUUACAGCGUAUAAAAUCAUCCAGAAUAGAUCAUAAUAAUGUGUUAGAUGCGAUUUGUUUCUUAUGGCUAUCAUAUGCAUGCAUAAAUACCCCAUAUAAUUUAGAAGUAAUUUAUCAUCUAUAUACAAACAUAGAUCCAUUGAAGAUUACUAGUAGGUGUAUAGCGCAUAUGACAAGUAUAAGAGGAAUGGACUUUAAUCGUAUUUUGAUGGUUCUUGAGGCAGAAAAACGCGCGCUCGGUUUAGAGACGAAUACAGAAAGUGUAGAAAAAUACGAAAGAAUAAAAAAACAUUUUCAAAGCUGUGCUACGUCUGUAGUUCCUGGAGGUUCUUCAAUCAAUCCAAUUACUAUAUGAACAAGAAAGCACUAAAAUAAGUAGACGGUACCUCUAUUGCAAUUUUUAUAAGCACAUAUAUAUUAUAAAACCCAAAUUAUUAUUAAUUAGACUGGAGUGUAGUAUAUAUUGUGUACAUUCAAUAAAUAACUGG